CGCGUAAUUUUUUGUAAAAUUCAAAGCCCUAUAUAAAUUACCAGAAGCUUUGGCGCCAGGCCAGUCCAGUCCCUCCAGUCUCUCGGAGUCCAGCGGCAGCGGUGACUGCGAAACCUCCCAUCUUUUGACGGAUCCCAAGUUCCAAAAGCCAUCUUUCCUGAGAAGUGAGACGAGAACAGACACGCACCAAGAGAUGAAGUUCAAGGCAUUUCUUACAGAGAAUGGUGUAAAUCUUUUGGAAAAGAGGUUCCUACCAGCCCUAGACAAGAUGGGAAAGAUAUGCCAUCUCUACCUCAACAGAGACCAUGCUAUCUUCCUCCACAACCUUCUUAAUGGUGAUGGAAUUCAAUCCAUUGCCCAGUUUCGCAAAGAAGCUCUUUUUGAUGACUAUCGCAUCUCCAGCCAGAAUGAGGACCGCAUUGCCUUUACAGUAGACAUCUCUCUUCUCCACCGUGCUCUUCGUAGCAGUGUCAGCAUAUGUACUGAGUUUGGAAAUGGUCCGACAGCCAACCGCCUCCAGAUUAGAUUGGUUAAAAAACUACCUCCAAAUUCUACCCAACCAUUGCCUUUCCUUACUUUCGAGACCAAGGGUUAUAAAUCUGCGGUAAUUCAGGACGUACCAAUCUCAAAACCUUUGUCCAGAGCUCAGGUUCUGGAACUUCAAACUGCUCUUGAUGCAGCUCAAGACUUGCCUCAGACUCUGGUUCAGGUUCCCGAUCUGAAUCAGUUGCAAAAUUUUGUGGAUCGGAUGAGGCAUAUUGGUGAUUUGCUCAAUGUUACCAUAAGCAAGUAUGGGGAUUUACACAUUCAGAUUUCAACAACACUCAUCACACUUGGUGCAGAGUUUCAGAAGCUGCUGGUCAUAGGUGAGCAAGCUGAUGCUCCAUCUGAAGAUCGAAAUCUGACCGCUCAGACUCGGUCGGCAAGGGCUAUUUUAAGGGGUGAUGCUCAAUCUGUGCAAGUGAGUGUGAAGCAUUUUGGUAAGAGCCUUCAGUGCCACUUGGCUAAACCGGACUGCGCUUUCUAUGGGAUUGCCGCACAAGGUGCUUGCUUGACAGUGAUCUUCCAAUUUUUCAUUCCUGGUUCUCAUCAAAUCGAUAAGUCCAUCAGUCUACACUGCAGACUUCCUGUACUUGACCAAGGAUCGGGUUAAAGGAGUUAUGCAGGUUUGCCAUUCAUGGUUGAGUUUUACUGCUCGGGUUUAAAUAGACAGUUUGGUAUUAUCUUUGAGAAAGCAAUUUGUGAUUUUCGUUUCAGUGGCUCUACUUGCUAUCCUUGUCUGAAUCAGUUUCUCUGUAUGCAUGCACAUCCCUCUACGUGCUGCUUAUGAAUCGUGAAAUGAUGAAAUGGAAAGAAAUUUCGUUGAA